CUCACCACACCCACUCUCUCUCUCUGCAUAUAUAUAUUACCCACACACACACACACACCCCUUAUAUCUGUCCAUUAUGUAUUAUUAAGCAUUUCUGUUGUAAAUACAUCGCCUCUCUUUUCUCUUCCACUUGAUGAAAAGAUUGCAUCUUUGGGCAUUGAAUAAACAGUAAAUUGGAAGAAGAGCAAAGGAAGAGAGGAAAAGGAGAGGGCCUUCUGCCCUCUGCUCUUUCUGUGCUUCCUCUCAGAUCUUGAUUCUCUUCUUCUCUCGUCUGGGUCUUUUUCAAUUGGAAUCCUAUAUUGUUCUCUGAUCGGUUUUUGAUCUGCCGAAGAUCCGAUUCUUUUUGUUUGAUUUCAAUAAUACCCAUUUCCUCGCAUAUCGCAGGGUCUCCAAUUUCCGUGUAGAUUGUCUGGAAAGAAUGGAAACGGAGCCUGGAAAGCUAUUCAUAGGUGGAAUAUCUUGGGACACAAAUGAAGGCCGCCUGAGAGAGUAUUUCCAAACCUUUGGUGAGGUUAUGGAAGCUGUGAUAAUGAAGGAUCGGAACACUGGUCGUGCCCGUGGUUUCGGUUUUGUUAUCUUUGCUGACCCUGCUAUCGCAGAAAGAGUUGUUAGGGAAAAGCACAUGAUAGAUGGUAGAACUGUUGAAGCAAAGAAAGCUGUGCCUAGGGAAGAUCAACAUGUUCUGAACAAAAACAAUGGCAGCCUGCAGGGGUCUCCAGUUCCUGCCCGUACAAAAAAGAUAUUUGUAGGAGGCUUAGCAUCAACAGUCACAGAGAGUGACUUUAAAAAUUAUUUUGAUCAAUUUGGUAAUAUCACAGAUGUAGUUGUCAUGUAUGAUCACAACACCCAGAGGCCCAGAGGGUUUGGGUUCAUCACAUUUGAUUCAGAAGAAGCAGUGGACAAAGUGUUGCUCAAAACUUUUCAUGAACUCAACGGUAAAAUGGUUGAGGUUAAGCGUGCUGUCCCCAAGGAGUUAUCUCCUGGGCCAAGUCGGAACUUGUUAGGUGGCUAUAACUAUGGCCUGAGUAGAGUUAGUAGCUUCCUUAAUGCGUACACUCCGGGAUUUAAUCCAAGCUCAGUUGGAGGGUAUGGAGCGAGAAUGGAUGGCAGAUUCAGUCCAGUUCCAGUUGGCCGAAGCGGAUAUCCUCAAUUUAGUCCUUCUGGUUAUGGGAUGGGACUGAGUUUUGAACCUGGAUCAAAUCCAAGCUAUGGGGGAAAUGGUAACUUCAGUUCUAAUAUUGGCUAUGGACGUGCACCGAACCCUUUCUACAGUGGAAGUCAAAACAGGUAUAACAGCCCCAUUGGGUAUGUUGGGGGUAGUGGUGGAACUAGUUCUGUAUUAACUUUGAUAAAUCAGAACAAGGGGGCAAAUGAGAGUCUUAGUUAUAAUGCAAAUUCUGCAAACUCUAAUGACUUUAUGAGGUCUGAAAGGAGCAGUGCUGGACUUGGAGGUGAUUUUGCCAGUAUUCGAGCAAUUUGGGGUCCCUCUAACAUUUCAGGAGAAGGUGGAGGCAGAGAUUCUACCCCUAGUAGUGGCAACAUAAGUUACGCCCAUGCAGAUAGUGCUUUCAGGUCUGGAGUUGGCGGUUAUGGAAGAAACAGUGGAAGUAAUGCUGCACCAUCAUCAUUUGCUGCAUCAAGUGAUGAUCAUGGACCUAUGGGAAACUUAUAUGGAAGUGGUUCAUUUUAUGGUGAUACUACCUGGCAGUCAUCUUCUCCAGAUCUAGAGGGCUCUGGCUCUUUUGCAUUUGGGCUUGGGAAAGUUGCUUCAGAUGUUACAACCAAAAACUCUGCCAGAUAUGUUGGUGGUUAUACUGUUGCUAAUGCAGCUAAUAGAGGAAUUGCUGCAUAGGGAAGAGGAUGCCAGAAUGUUAUUGUAGGCGGAGGAAGACGAUCGAUCAGUUUUACCAUAUGGACUGUGAAUGAUGUAUAGUAUCAUUGGUGAGAGAUUUUUCAGUUUGAUAGUAGUUUGAAAAGAGCUAACCGACGCACCUGUUUUAUAGACCUCAUCUCAGAGCAAGUAGCUACAAGGGUUUCGUUUUCAGUUUGAGCUUGAGUUUUCUGAAAAGCGGUUUUCAUUCCUAAGAACUGAGAUGUAAAUCAGCUUGCUUUACUGUAUCAUGCAUCUCUAGUGACAUGAGAACAGAAAGAGAAGAAAAAAAAAAAGAAGCGGAGGUUUUCUCUUUUUCCCCUUUUUAAGCUUCUGUUCUGUAUCCAGCAAGGUUUGCUAGUUUCCAGUCAAUUAUUGUUGUUUUAGUUUCUUUCCCUUUAUGGGUGGGUUUUGUUGUUGGCAAAUUGCAUGAAACAACUGUCUGUUUCCAAAACGGAUGCUCAUCUGGGGUCCCCCAAGAAUAAAUUGUCUAAUAUGAGAUACAUUUUUCCUUGGUAUUCUGAGA